CCGCCUGCUUUCCCGUGACGACGCCACCUUCCCAUCCUUGAUCUUCCUUUCCCCUCGCAUUAAUGGCCGCCUCCCCUCCCUAUCCCCUUCGUCGUCGUCUCGCCCCAGGACUCCCUCCCCCUCCUGCUGCUUGACCCACAAGGUUUCUCCACCCUUCCCUUAUCCCCUGCCUCGUCCCCUCCUCCCCCUUGGGCUGCCGCUGCUGCUGCUAUAUAUAUGGGCGCGCGAUCCCGACCCUAUUCGUAGCAUGCUCCGGAUUGAUCGAGCUUGGCCGUGGUAAUGGAUUCGGUGCCUUCUUCCUCCUCUCCCUGGGCCGCCGCCGCUCCCUGCUGCCCCUUCGACGCGCUGCGGAGGGCGUGCGCCAGGCACGCCGCCGCCGCCGCCAGGGCCGCCGGCUGGGUGCUCGGCGCGCUGCUCACCUGCGUCUUCGCCGUCGUGGGCUCACUCGUUGGGAUCUUCAUUGGUGCCUUCAUGGGGAUGUCCACGGAAAGCGGUAUGCUCCGCGGGGCUGGCGUUGGGGCAGUCUCCGGCGCAGUAUUCUCCAUCGAGGCUGUUGAAUCCUGCAUCGAGAUUUGGAGGUCCAGCCAUUCAGGAAAAUACAGCAUUCUCUUUGUGCUGGACAUCAUCUCUAGCCUCUUCAGCGGAAGAAUUGUGUGGGAGAAAGUCAGUCCAGCACUGCAGCGUGCCGUGCAAAGCCAGAUGAGUCUACUGAGCACACCAUUCAUCGACAACAAUGACCUUUUUGAAACUGGCAGCACAGGAGGCAUGUCAAGGGAUUUGAUUGACAGGAUCCCAAAGAUGAGGUUCAGUGCUGCAAGCAAUUGUGAUCAGGAAACUGAUAGCAGCUGCUGCUCAGUCUGCCUUCAGGAUUUUGGAGCACAACAAUUUGUGAGGGCCCUGCCUCAAUGCCAACACCUAUUCCAUGUGUGGUGCAUUGACAAUUGGCUCCUUAGGCACGCGUCUUGCCCACUAUGUCGGGCUGGUGUUCAUAUAGACCAUAUACAUAUGUAAAUAAACUUGCAGGGUGGCACCUGGUGUAUUUUCAUAGUGAAUACCCGUGCACCUGUUUGAUAUCAUAAAUAUAGCUGUAUACAUAGGUUUUCACUUUUUGUUACUUCUCCGGUCUUAUGUGAGGCUAUGCUUUCAGCUGCACGUUUUUGUCAAAGUAAUAACAUGAUAUGGACCGACUAACAAGCUCCCUAAA